AUGCCUCCUGUCCAGCAACAAGAAAGUGAGUCAAGCACCGUUCUAGAUGAUGAAGCUGAUGAGAAAGCUCUCUUCCAACUUUCAUGGGUAGAUGUGCUUUCCAGGCUCUUUAGUAAUGUCCAGCCAGUUCAGGAGCCUGAAGUAUCACCAUAUCCAGUUGUUAACAUCAAAUACAGCUCUGCUUUUGAUCUUACCAUGGGGUAUUAUCGUGCUCUCCGACACACCAUGACGAGUUUACACGCCCCUAAAGCUUUAUCUAUGGAUGUUACGACUUCAUUGUCGGCAAUUGGUGGUCGUGCUGCGUGUGCAAAAUGGAUGCUGCUGCUCUCCUUUGCUCUACGGCACUGUAUUGCGCAUUACACAAUUUGGAAGGAUCGCCGAGACUUUAUUUUAUGCCCCGCGAUAUUCCAAUGGGCGACGCAGGAACAGAUUCCUUCCAUUGACUUUAAUCAGUCACCAACGUUCUUGGGCUCACAAACUUCGCUUGAAGGGCCGGCAAAACUGUCCGAAAGCGAAAGGCAGGCGAUGCAACAAAAAUACCAGGAUCUGGUGCGGCAGUGGCUCCCACGACGGGAGGAUCUCGCCGCUCCAAAACACAGGGAGUCAAAAAUAGUCGAUCAUUGGUUUAGCCUCUGGCAAGCAGUGCGGUGGGAGCUACAGACGAUUGACUGCUUCAGUCGGCUCUAUCACAAGAACUUUCAGGUAUGGCAUCACCGAAGGGAACUACUGAGCUACGUUCUGAAGACCAUGGAGACGGAUGAUGGGAAGUUUUCGUCGGUGAUGGCUACCACCGCCGACUUUGAGGAUUACCUCUUAGAGGAGCAUGGGAUGACCUUUGCGGAGAUCGAUGAGCGUGUGGUUUGUGAGGCUGUUCUGUGCCACAAAGACGCCAAAAACUAUCAUAUAUGGCUGCACCGUUCUUGGUUUAUCUCUGCAUUUUCAUUCCUCCUCCAGCUUCCAGAAGACUGGGACAAAUGGAGGACGUUUCUUAGCAUGUUCCCAGAAAUCCACUGCCAUGACGUAAUCAUCAACGCCAAUGCGGAGGACUUUGCGGUGGAUCCGAUCUGGAGGGAGAUCAACUGCAGGCGAUUGCCGCUUCCAUCAUGCCCUUUGGCCGAUGAGGUUACAUUCACAUCUCAUAUGAUUCAGGAAGACCACCUAAACAAUUCUGCCUGGUGUCAUCGUUUGUUGAUCAUCAAGAAGCAUCUGAUUGAGACCCUGUUGCAGCAGCAUCACGCACAGCUGCGGUGCGACCAGAGGCGGCAGGUGGAUGCAGCCAAACUGAGGGAUGUGAUUAGCGCGGUAUGCCGACUGGAGGUUGACUUUGGCUUGCAGUGGGCAGUUGUUGAACCCACAAAUGAGUGUGCCUUUGUUUACGCACGUUCCGUAGUAGAGUUGCACCAAGCGGUGAUGCUGCGUCUCUUGCUGCUCGAUCGUGCACUGCAGGACUCCUCAGACUCCCCAGCAUGCGUGGAUUUCUUGCUCUUGUCGGAUCUUUUGCCACCUUUGGCUUCUGUAUGCACCCAACACUGUCUUUCGGAGGACCUAUCCUGCAUGGGCAACACACAGCGGUCGCACCUACGUGCAUAUGAAGAAACCAAUCAUAAUUCAAGCAGAACAUCACGUCCCUUCCGAUACUCGAUUAACGACCUUGUUUAUCGUAUUCGCAAGUUGUCCUGGAGUGAAUACCUUGGCACUUUUGCGUUACUGAUAUUUCAAAAAGAGAUUCUAUGCACCCAUGUAGCGCCGCGAGUGCAGGAGCUUCGGCAGGCUUUCGAGCAAGCUUCGCUUGAACAUGUCGCACCGCCACCUUCUCAAGAUUCCGCUGUUGACGACAAGGAAGUUGGGCCGGUAAGGGCAGCUAUGUACGCUAACACUUCUCAAUUCAUGAUUGAUAACCUGUGGCAGGUUGUAGCCGCGCAGUAUCACUCUGCGUUUCACUUCCUGGAGCAGACGUGGUUGCUCUAUGGAGAUUCCUCCUUCAGGGCCAGCGUAGCGCAAAUGCGGCAGCCGGAGGUCUACGUCGCGCACGGUGUCACGUCGGAUAUGAGGACGCCGAGUUCUGCAAAAGCCAAGGAUAUCGCGGCGGCGAAAGCAGCCGCUGAUGCGUUGUCACUCACGAACGAUAAUAUUAGCUCCAAAGAUACAAACCUAACCGCAGCGGUAGAUUUUUUUACGACUGUGGAGGCCGAGGCACUUUAUCUAGCUAAGCGCCUGUUAAUAGAAGAUUCGAUUCGGAGCAAGUACUGGAAGCAUGAGGCAUGGACAGUAUUAUAUCGUCAAUAUUAA